UUCAUGGGUAUGUGCGGGGGUGGCGGAACUAGUUUGUGAUUUCCUUAUUGUGAUAUCUGGUGUAAAGAAUUUAUUUAUUGAUAUAGAGUUUUUGUGACAAACAUAUUUAACAAUCAUAUUUAGUGCAGUGUCCAAGUGAGUACCUACUCAAGGUUCUUAUCUUAUAUGGAGUAUAAUGCAUAUCAAGCAUACUUAACGGAAUUAUAUUGACUUUCAGAUCCUGAAGCACGUGUUAUAAACAAGAACCAGUCCAGUAUAAAAGCGAUGAACAGCCGCAGUCGGGCCAAUACAGUCCCGCCCCUCAGACGGAGGAGGUGGAGCUCUCACCGCCGGCGUCGUCACCGAGCACCGCCCCCAUGCAUUUUACCACUUACCAGACCAACGCAGAUCCGGACUCCCAACAUCAUGAAGAUUAUCAGGAGUUGACCGAGACUUUUUAUAGGCUUGAGGUACCGUUAGGUGACCACACUUCAGAAACGACUUACCUUCACCUAGCACCAGCUCCUCAACAGGAAGCCAUAUCAAAUGGAGCUUCACCUCAUGAUAGCGAGUCAGCUAGUCCUGGUUCUCCUGGAUACCGAGGUUACACACAUCUAGCAAUCCAAUCUUCAGUGACAGAAGAGGACCAGAGAGCUUCAGUUGCCCACCACACAGUGAUAGAGCCGGUAUCAGCACAGUUAACUCAGCUUACUAAUCACAUUAACUAUACCGGAGGGCUAGACAGCUCUGGGGUGCCCAGUACUAUCGCCAACUCACUUUACUCAAGAAACUCAGGGUAUAAUUCCACAAUGCAUUACUACAAUACGAGCUCACCUGAGCUUCAUACGACCCAGAACCAAUUAUGGAAUACUGGCGUAAACAAUAAUUUGACAGAAGACUACAAACUAUCUCCAACCACCACAACAACCUUGCCAGAUUUCGGAAGACUCCCGUCGAGAAGGGUUCCCAACUCCUACAGUUCCAUGCCUUACCAAGACUUCCCUUACGAUCACACUGGAGUUUACCAACACAUCAGCCCAGCUGCCACCCCAAGGAAUACCAUGAGCGCCGCGGGCACCUUAUCUGCAAUAGCCCCAGGUACAGCCGAAUAUUUCACCGAAGGGCGAGAAUGCGUUAACUGCGGCGCCAUCGAGACGCCAUUGUGGCGUCGCGACGGCACUGGUCACUACCUUUGCAACGCAUGCGGCUUGUACCACAAAAUGAACGGGAUGAACCGACCCUUGGUCAAGCAGCCUCGUAGAUUGUCUGCUUCUCGACGAAAUGGUCUCACAUGCACAAAUUGCAGUACCACAAACACCUCGCUAUGGAGAAGAAACUCUCAUGGAGAGCCCGUUUGCAACGCCUGCGGACUGUACUAUAAAUUACACAACGUUAAUAGGCCCGCUUCCAUGAAGAAGGAUACAAUUCAGCAAAGGAAAAGAAAACCCAAGGGCAGCAAAUCCGGUCAAGCCAAUGGAAAUCCUGCAUCUAACAGAGCGAACCUUAAUAAUAGGAUCAAGCUGGAGAAUCCUGUGAAAAUUGAAAAUGUUAUGAAGUUUGAGAAUCCGGUUACCAGAUUUGAUCCGUCAUCACUAGAACAUCUGGGCCUAGGUCAAAUCCAACAAAACACAAACUUCAUGUACUCAACCCAACCGCAUCAGAAGCUUAGCCCUUACCACUCACAAUCGCCUCAGAAUCUGACUCAGAACGACUACACCUACGGCAACUUGCUACCUCACACCGCCUCACCUUCGCCGCACUCCAACGGCUCAGAUAUGCAUUCUGAGUCUCCGCAUUCUCCCACACUAUUGUUGAAUAAUAACAAUAAUAAUAAUAAUACUAAAGUGAUUAUGAGUGACCACUUAGAACAGCGGGCUGCAUAAGUUACACAUAUUAAAGUUUUGAAGAAAAUGUUUGCAUUCGGACAUAUAUGAUAUAGCUAGAGGGUCUUUUAUGUUAAGUGGAUAUUUUAUCACGUGACAAAGACAAGUUAAGUUUUAAAUAACUUACUUGAGGGGUAGUUUAAAAAGAUGCAUGUGGACGAAUUUUACCUUUAAAAUAUGUUAUAGAUAUUGCGUAUCUCUAAUAAAAUAAGUUUGCAAACUGUAAGACUGGUAUCGACAAGGUUUUCUUCACCUGCCUGUAUAUAAUAACUAUUCCUAGCUAAUAUAAGAAAAUAUCACAUGUAAGUGAAACCUCUUGAGAUUUUUAAUUGUUAAUUAUCUUAUUUAUAAUUCGCUCUCUGUUAUUAAAAAAAAUCUCAUAAAUUUAGACUUAAUACGGAAUUUCAAAAUUUCUUCCACAUCACAUUUGAUCUUACAAAAUUCGAGGCCUUGCCACUAUAUUAAGACAAACUAGAAUAAGUACAAAUCUAUGCCUGAUAUUUUGUAAAUAUAAAUCUAUGAUAAGUUUGUAAAAAUACUAAAAAAAAUACAAGUGAGUCACCAAAGAUUUUGUUAUAUAUAUUCAGUCUUUUCAUUUAAUUAGAACUAAAUACAGGGUGAUUUGUGUGUUUAUUUUGCCCCCCUCACCCUGUACAAUUUAUUAUGACACUUUUGCCUUAUUUAUUAGGUUAGUUAUUUUUAAGCUACUCCGUCUCAUCAUUCCCGUAUAAAUAUAUAAAUAUAUUUAAAAGUUUGUUGUGAAAAUGUAAAACACUGUACAUACAGUAAAAAUAGUAGUUUCUAGUUUAUUUUGAUUUAAUACUGAUACUUAUUAAGAGUUUGGAUAUUUGUUAUAUUACUAUUAUAUUUUUGAAUAAUUAUAAUAUUAAUAUCAUUAUUUUGUGUUAUAGUAAAGAAAUUCAUUAAAUAUUAUUACUAAAAAUGUGA